UUCACAGAGGAGAAAUUCGGCCAAGCAGAGAAGACUGAGCUUGACGCUCACUUUGAAAACCUCCUGGCUCGGGCAGACAGCACCAAGAACUGGACAGAGCGGAUCCUGAGGCAGACUGAGGUGCUGCUGCAGCCCAACCCCAGUGCUCGAGUGGAAGAGUUCCUGUAUGAGAAGCUGGACAGAAAGGUGCCCUCGAGGGUCACCAAUGGGGAGCUGCUGGCUCAGUACAUGGCCGAAGCAGCCAGCGAGCUGGGGCCCAGUACCCCCUAUGGGAAAACACUAAUCAAGGUGUCAGAAGCUGAGAAGCGUCUGGGAGCAGCAGAGCGGGACUUCAUCCACACUGCCUCCCUCAGCUUCCUCACUCCCUUGCGCAACUUCCUGGAAGGGGACUGGAAAACGAUUUCGAAGGAGAGGCGGCUCCUGCAGAACCGGCGCCUUGACCUGGACGCCUGCAAAGCACGGCUAAAGAAGGCCAAGGCAGCAGAAGCCAAAGCCACGACGGUGCCUGACUUUCAGGAGACUAGACCUCGUAAUUACAUUCUCUCGGCCAGCGCCUCUGCGCUUUGGAACGAUGAAGUAGACAAGGCUGAGCAAGAGCUUCGAGUGGCCCAGACAGAGUUUGACCGGCAGGCAGAAGUGACUCGUCUUCUGCUGGAGGGUAUCAGCAGCACACAUGUGAAUCACCUACGCUGCCUCCAUGAAUUCGUCAAGUCUCAGACAACCUACUAUGCACAGUGCUACCGACACAUGCUGGAUCUGCAGAAACAACUAGGCAGAUUUCCAGGCACCUUUGUGGGCACUACAGAACCUGCCUCCCCACCCCUGAGCAGCACUUCACCCACCACCACUGCAGCCACCAUGCCUGUGGUACCCACAGGGGCUGGUUUGUCCCCUCCAGAAGAGGCAGCACUCUGUUUAGAGGAGGUGGCUCCCCCAGCCAGUGGGACCCGCAAAGCCCGGGUGCUCUAUGACUACGAGGCAGCUGACAGCAGCGAGCUGGCCCUGUUGGCUGAUGAGCUCAUCACUGUCUACAGCUUGCCUGGCAUGGACCCUGACUGGCUCAUUGGUGAGAGAGGCAACAAGAAGGGCAAAGUCCCUGUCACCUACUUGGAACUUCUCAGCUAAGCAGCCCCUUUCCAGGCCCUGCCACUUACCUUGUCUGCUGGAGACAUACCUUUUUAGGAUAGGGGAGCUAACCCUGUUCUGGCUGUGGCUCUGUCACCCAAUUAUGAAGGACCUACACAACAGAAUGGCUCCAGGCCCCUCUGCUAGCCCUGCUUCUGAUCUGCAUCCCCGCAUACUCCAGGUUUCCCAGCUCCCUUAAGGCAGGAGGGAUACAACAUUUGGUACCACAAUAUGCUGGGGAAGCUCUGACUGUGGAAGUUUGAGGGGGACAGCAGUAAACAGGGCUAACCGUCAGGGACUGGACAGUCUGGCAGGGGACCAGAAGUGUUGGCCAGAGCAGCAGCACUGGGUGCUGUCCUCCCCUCCUUCUAUCACAGCUCUGGCUGAGUGCAGUGGCUGCAGCCAUCACUCAUGCAAUUUCUAACUGGCAUUCUUUCUUCUGCCUGUCUGCUUGCUCUCUGGCAAAUAAAUUGUUUGUGUGCAAAUU